ACGAGAGUGUGUGUUGUUUUACUACACAAUAUUUUUCUUUGUUCCAUCAACAACAACAACAAAAUAUCGAAAAGCUUCAAUGGAGUUUGUGACUUCGAAAGAAGAGGAGAUAUGUUUGAAAGAGGAGCAAGUGUCGAAGCAGCUACACCUGAAAUCGUCUGAAACGCAAACGCAGACGCUGAACAAAAAAGCCGUUCUUAACCGCAUCCGCAACCACAAAUGUAUUUACAAAAUCAAGAGUCUUCUCCACACCACCGCCGCUAAUAACGGAUCCACCGUCGACGCUGAUCAUCACUGGAUUGAUGGUGGCGAUGUCUUCUCUUGUCCGUGAAUUUUGCCACGUGUCAUACACGUGUGUUGUUUAUGUUACUCUCUCUUGUCUAUUCGUGUAAUCGAAAUUAGUAUCCAAAAAUACAACUUGUUUAAUUUCUAGUGAGUAGAUUUCGAUAUUCACGAUAAAUUGAUGAUCACCACCGUUGAUCUUUAGCGGUUUAA